AGCGGUUCGCAGAGGAGCAGCAUGGCCCUGCUCUACGGGGGCGUGGAGGGCGGGGGGACCUGUUCCAAGGUGCUCCUUCUGACCGAAGAUGGGCAGGUGGUGGCUGAGGUGGACGGGCCGAGCACCAACCACUGGCUGGUCGGCGUGGACGCGUGCUUAGAGAGGAUCAACAACAUGGUCAGUGAGGCCAAAGGGAAAGCUGGAGUGGACUCUUCCGUGCCGCUGCGUUCACUGGGUCUCUCGCUGAGUGGCGGGGAGCAGGCAGAGGCCGUGAAGAUGCUGACGGAACAGCUGCACUCCCGCUUCCCCCAACUGAGCCAGAGCCACCACAUCACCACAGAUGCCGCGGGGGCCAUCGCCACGGCCACCGCUAACGGUGGAGUGGUGCUCAUCUCGGGGACGGGCUCCAACUGUCGACUGAUCAACCCCGACGGCUCGGAAAGCGGCUGCGGAGGCUGGGGCCACAUGAUAGGCGAUGAGGGGUCAGCGUACUGGAUCGCUCACCUGGGGGUGAAGACCAUCUUCGACACCCUGGACCACUUGGAUGUCACCCCUUCCCAUGACAUCGGCUUCGUGCAGCAGGCCAUGUUUGACUACUUCCAGGUGACCAACCGCACGGGGCUCCUUACCCAUCUCUACCGGACCUUUGAGAAGUCCAAAUUUGCCGGGUUCUGCCGGAAGCUCGCAGAAGGCGCUGCGCAGGGAGACCCCCUGUGCCGCCACCUCUUCGCCAGGGCUGGAGAGGCACUGGCUCGCCACGUGGUCGCGGUGCUGCCGAAGAUCGACAGGGUCCUCUUCCAGGGUAGCCUUGGGCUCCCGGUGCUGUGUGUGGGCUCUGUGUGGAACAGCUGGGAGCUGAUGAAGGAAGGCUUCAUUGGGGCCCUGGCCCGGGGCCGGGCUGCUCAUCCCGAGCUCCCCUUCUCCCGCUUCAGCCUGCUCAAGUUGAGACACUCCUCUGCCCUCGGGGGUGCCAGCCUGGGGGCCCGCCGUAUUGGCCAGCUGCUGCCCCUGGACCACGCUGCCAACGCUGAAGCCUUCUUCACUCACGACUUUUCCUAAGGGGGCGGGAGAAGCA